UUAAAUAAGUUGAUUCAAAAGUAGUCGCAUUGUUGCCAACAUACCGACAUUGAGUGGUGAUUAUUUGUUUAUGAUAUUAUUAAUUUAUUUAUUAUUUCCGUUUGCGGUUCAAUUAAUUUCGUGUCGGGUUCAAUUUGUGUGCUUCCAGUUGCAUAAAACGCGAUAAUGACUCACUUUUCGUGUUUAUAAAAAAUCAGGGUCAGCAACGUAACGGUGCAAUAACCCCUGCCAUUUUGUGAUUUGUGUUUGCGUUGUUUUGUUCGAAAAAUGUGUUUUAUUAAUGUUUUUGUCCUUUGAAUUAAGUGUUGGGAGUACGGCAGAUCAUAAAUUAGUGGGCUACAGAAAUGGUGAGACUUCCACAUGUCGCGACGUCUGCCCUCGACACAUUGCCGCACUACUUCUGAUAAUCCUUAUCAGGUGUUUCGCCCCUAACCUUUGCACUGGUAUUUGUGGUCGCAUUCGUGGCGUCGUCAUGCUUACCUUCAUCGAAAUUCCCUCUUAUUUUCUAUUCUGUUUUCCCUAAUCGUAACAAUGGAUUUAAAUUACCCGCUUGAUUUAGCCCCGCCUAUUAUUUGAUUUGUUCCAAUAAAAUCACCGGCCUCCCUUCCUCUCUGAACGAUGUGUUCAUUUCUAAUUGGCCGAGAGGAAGCAAUCCAAAAGCAAUACGAAACGUUUAUUGGCUCUAUGAAACUAAUAAAAGACAAUAUCAAUUUAAAAUUAGUGAUUAUUGUAACAUAAAUAAACGAGUUGAAGCCUAAUGUUAGUUCUAAACGCCGAAUUAUUUGUUAUUUGUUAUACGAUUUAGUGAAAAAUGUUUAGACUAGUCCCUGAUAGAUUCGAAUCAACAAUAUUUUGUAAACGAAUAUUUUGUAGUAAUUUUAUGAAACGAUGUUCAAUUUAUCGGUGAAUCAAAAAGUGCUCCGGCACUUGAAAGUCAAACUGAAGCCCCAGUUCCUGCCCCCGCCCCUCCCGGGCCCCGCCCUCGCCCGUCAUUAAGACCAUGUACGCGGCAGCAGGGGGCGCUUCGCUCGCCUCCCGCCAGGCCCGCCAACGGCAGCGCCAAAAGCAGCUCCAGCAGCUCAAGAACCAGAAGGAGCUCAAACCGCACCAGCCGAAGCAGUACCACAACUAUACGGACGAUGGGGGGCCCCCGAAGCUAUCGCGGGUGGAGCGUGGGGCGUUGCGUCCGCCGCAGGUGGGGCCCCACGAGCGGCGCCACUCCGCCUCCAACUACCACCUCAAGGAGCCGCCGAAGAGCCGUCUCAAGGAGAGCCCCUCCAUCUCGAUUCCGGUCCAAAGUCGGCCCUCCCUCGUGGAGAACCACGUCUCGGCUUCACCCUCACUCCAACUCCCGCAAAUCUUCAUUCCCGAAGGAGAUGGGAGGCUGGAAAGGAGGUGCAGUUUUGUCAGACAGGUGGAGGAGAUGGAGAAGUGUCCCGAGGGAGGGCUGCUGGAUAAGUGCAAUCAUUUGUGCAAUUUCGAGAUCAAGGAUAGGAUGUGGGACAACAAGUACGAGUUUGAGAGGGAUUUCUAUGGCAGUCUGGAUUAUCCCUUUUCCGAGUGUUCACAGGGGCGUGCGGCAUGGCAAGAGAGGGAAAGGGGGAGACGCUGUUCACUCUCCGAGGAAGCGCGGCAAUCACGCAUCAAACAAUCAGAGGCUCAUCAUCGAUGGAUGAAACGGAACAGAAUCCACGACUCCACCUACGGCACUGGUUCCGACGACGACGACUUCUUCAGCGUUUACCACCAAAGCGCCGCCGCCAACGCCCUCCUCUACGUCGGCUUGGGCACAACAGCGAUCGGCAGCGUGAUAUUCUUCGUCGGCACCGGCGAAAAGGGCUUCAAAACCCUCGAACUCCGCCUCAUCGGCCCCACCCUCAUCGCCUGCGGCCUCCUCUGUUGCCUAAUCCGCGUUCUUCUCUGCGCCUGCCCUUCCACGUGUCUCCGCCGCCGGAAGAAGACCCGCCUCAAGACCGCCUGUCCCCACACUUCCAGAUACCCGAAAACGCGCGAUCACGUCGACAGCACCGCCCUCCUCACCAAAAACAAGAAAAAGGUCUCCAUUGUGCCCCCCAGCCAGCCCCAACCCAGCACCAGUACAGAAGACAAGAUCACCCUUCCACAGAUCAAUCUUCCCCCAGAAGACUCCGUCAUCGAAUUACAAAAUCUUGAACUCAUCUACGAUAUACAGAGUGUUUCAAGUAAUGAUAGUGAUGAUAACGCUACGACUGUUGUCGAUAAUUCAAGGACGACCAAUGACCUUGAGACUUGUCUAAGUGUUGUCAUCGAACGGAGUGACAAUAGUGAAAGUAGUGAUGGGAUUAAAAAUCAAGAAAGCAGUGAUAAACAAACACAUAGCGGUAUUGUGCUCAGCCCACUACAAUUGGGACAGUAAACCGUUGUUGGCGGACAGAGGGCGCCACAAUCAAAACAGAAUACUUGAAUCAAAAUUGCGCCCUCUGUCGUCUCAAACCGGAAUUGAUCAAAAAAGAAAAAAUCAAGUGUUGUAUAAUUAAUUUUACGUUGCGUCCUUACGUGCAACGUGAACGUAUUAAGUAAAGUAAUAUUUGCUAAAAUUAUUAUAACCUAGCGUGCCUGUAUUUUGAUCCUAUUUGCUUUAUCACGUUUUUUGGAGAUUCGGAUUUUUACAGCAAUAUUAUGUUGGACGAUGCACAACAAUCAAAUUGAUUUUUUGAUCGUGUGAUCAAUUUUCGCAAUCAUUCGACAAAUAAAUACUUUGCAAUUUUCGAUUUUAUAUGGCGGCCCUAGAAAUGUAACCUUCAAUGUACCAUUAUGAUAUUUUGAUUAGAUUUGUUAGUUACCAUGGCGACGCGACCACCGUCAAAAUGGCGUUUUUGUUUUUACCAAAAUGGCGGAAUUGCGUUCGAAACCCCCCAAAGUGUACAUUAUAUACUUGCUAUAUACAUAGAAAAUAUAAAAAUGUACGUAUAUGUAACAUAUUCGAGAAUCAUGUAUAAAAUGAUUUUGUACAUGAUUUGUUGAGUAAAAAACCUAUAAUAAAGUUAUAUAGAAAAAAGCCAAUGGAAUAUAUAACAUAAUGGGUACAUAUCGAUUACAAAUAAAACAAGUGA